AUGGCUACCGUACCAUCAUCAUCCACUCUACCACUCUCGAGCCCGAAUCCAUUGGCAUUCUUAACAUCAUCGUCGGCGUCCUCACGCACUCCCACUUUCCUCAAACUACACGCGCCGCCCCUUCGAAACCUCAGCAUUCCCAGAGCCGCCUCCGAUGAUUCCGACAACAACGAGGCUGAGUCGCCCUCAGAUUCCGACUCCGACGACUUCGACAGCCGCCUUUCCCAGAUUCGACUCCGGUACAAAAGCGGGCAAGGUAAGAAAGCCGAGGUCCGGAAGACUCGAAAGGGUGCGCCGGGAACCUCUGGUUCCGGCUCCAGCUUGUACCUUCCGCCGGUGCAGCUGAAGGAGCCGGUGUCGGAAGGACUGACUGUGGAAUUCGGGUUCAGUCCGUACUCAGAAAGGGCCAAUGGUCGGAUUGCACUUGUGGGAUUGACGGCAUUGGUAUUGGUGGAGCUUGCAACCGGUCAGGGGGUGAUAAAGUAUCACUCGCCGGCGAUUGUUUUUAUUCAGAUUUACUUUAUGGCGGCGGCUUCGGCAUUGUACAUUAAGUACGAGAAAGAGAAAGUAAGCGUUUGGCCCCAGACUCCAGUUUCUUCUCCUUCUUCUUCUCAAAAAUGA